ACAGCCUACUAUAAACUAGUUCUUGCACCUCCGCGUUUUCUUUUUCUGGUUCUCUUCACUUCUGUGUGAUGGAUUCUCUGCUCGCAAAUUACGCCUCUUCCGACGAAGAAGAAGAAGAAGAAGAGCAACAACAACAACAACACGAACAACAGCUUCAAUCGCCGCCGCCCAAACCCGACUCUUUUCCCUCUUUCUCAUCCCUCCCAAAACCCAAAUCCUCUUCUUCUUCAUCUUCUUCUCUCUUCCCGCUCGAAGAUUCCAGAACCACCCCAAAACCCCCCUCCGCCUUCUCCGCUCUUACCAAGCCCAAAUCCCAAAACCCCACUUCGAAUUUCUCAUCUUCAGAGACCAAUCCCAAAAGGGUCGUCCAAUUCAAGCCUCCAAUCAACCCCUAUUCCGUCAAAUCUUCCGAAAUCGACGACGACGAGGAUGAGGAAGAGAAGGAGGAGGGAAGGCGAAGGCGGGAUUCCGUCCCCGAAUCCUUUUCGUCCAAAGAUGCCCUAUGGGAGGACUUAAUGUCCGCCGUUCCCGCUCCCAAGAACUCCGUCUCUCGCGGCGCUUUUACUUCCGCCGGUUCCCGUCGGAGAGCCAUCAUCGAAACCGAAGUCCCCGCUUCGAAUUUAGGCGAUCCGAGGCCGGAGAAGGACGAAUCCAUUGCCGGUAAGGAUAAUUCGGGUAUUGAUCAAAAUGAUGUGAAUAAUGCGGAGCAGUAUAGUUAUGCUAAUUAUGAACCGGGAAGUGAUCAAAAUGCUGUAAAUUACGGCUAUUAUGAGAAUUACAAUUCGGGUUUUGAUCAAAGUGGGGAUGGUUCGAGUUAUGGAGGUUAUGAGAGUUAUGGGAGCUAUGGUGAGUAUGGGCAGCAUUAUGGGAAUAAUUGGGAUGGAGGGUCAGCGGCGGCCGCUGCGGUGCCGGAGGUUUUGGGUGCGGUGCAAAGUGGUUUUGGAGGGAAGGGGAAGAGAGGGAGGAGUGAGAUUCCUACGGAGAUUGUGGAAGUGAAGCAAGAUGAGUUGAUCAAGAACAGGCCGAGGGAGGACCAGGUCAAGGCGACUGGAAUUGCUUUUGGACCUUCUUAUCAGCCGGUUUCGACAAAGGGGAAGCCCUCAAAGGUGCAUAAGAGGAAGCAUCAGAUUAGUUCUUUGUAUUAUGAUAUGAGGCAGAAAGAGAUGGAGCUUGCAGAGAGGCGUGCAAAGGGCUUUCUCACAAAAGCCGAAACACAGGCCAAGUAUGGUUGGUGAUUCUGUUGGCCAUUGUUGUACUUUCUAACCAGGAAGGAUUCUCCAUAGUUUCAUCUUUGUCUUCAUAGUUGAUUGUAGUGGACCACAAAUGCUUUCAAUAUUGUAUUGAGAGAAAUUUUCUGUUCA